CUUGUUGAAAAAUACAAUUGUGAGGAGGUGCAGCAGUAUUUGAUUCGUUGGUAAACUUUUGAGAUUUUCUUCGCAGCUUUCUGUACAAAAACACACAUUUAAACAAACCAAUGGAAGGGAACGGUACAGACGGUAAGGGUAUUAAAUAUUAUCGCUUGUCAGAGGUGGAGGAACGGAAAUCUUUUAAAAGCACAUGGAUUAUCAUCCAUAAUAAAGUAUACGACGUCACAAAGUUCCUCGAGGAGCACCCGGGAGGAGAGGAGGUGCUGCGAGAGCAGGCGGGUGGAGAUGCCACAGAGAGUUUUGAAGAUGUUGGGCACUCGACUGAUGCACGCGAGAUGGCCAGUUCUAUGCUCAUAGGAGAGCUUCAUCCAGACGACAGGGACAAGCUUGCCAAACCACCAGAAUCACUUGUAACAACUGUUCAAGAAACAACAAGCUGGUGGUCAAACUGGUUGAUACCUGCUGUUGCUGCUGUAAUUGUCAUGUUGAUGUACCGUAUAUACACAGCAGAGGAGGCAUGACAUGCUCAAUGUACAUGUUGAACUACAUUAAUCAUAAUCAUAAUCCAUUUCAGGUUUUUAUAUUACCAUGAAGAUUCUACUAAUGAAGGCAAUUUUUGUGUUAGUUUCAAUGUUUGUUGUCACUUAUCCCUUGAGAUUUAAAUGCGGUCAUGCACUUUUUUUUUUUUUUUUUUUUUUAAGAUAUAUGAAAGCAUAUUUACACUAAGCAUUAUAAAUAUGUAUCCAAAAGAUGAAGUUUUGAUUGUGUAAUAUAUUUGCUUUUGUGUAAAACCAUGUAUAUACCAUUUAUUCAGUUGUCCACGAUGAAACGGAAAAUGUGGAACAAGCUGAAUACAAUCACUUGAACUAAACUUCUUAACUUUAGUUCAACUACAAUUAAAUUACAAUUUAGAGACAAUUUAGAUUUGUUUGUUUUUUUGUUGUUUUUUUUUUUUAAUCUAAAGUGUUCAUGUUGUUACAUUUUACAUGUUAUACUUUAGAUUAAAAAAACAAAUCUAAAUUGUCUCUAAAUUGUAAUUUAAUUGUGUUGUUACAUUUUACAUGUUAGAAAGAUAAUUAUUAAGUCACAAAUAUGCAUGGAUUAAGCAUUAAGCAUGGAUCACUUCAUUUGAUAUUCAGCAACAUUAUUACUGGAAAUAACAGAUCCAUAGAAAAAAGCUUUUCAUAUAGGUGAAUCUUAUGAAACCACUCAAGAACAUGUAUGGGUCAUAUUUCACCCCAAAAUCUGUUGUUUCAUUUCUUGAUAUUUAGGUUGAUUUUUGUGCUUAAUUAUGAAAAGUAAUCUUAUAACUAAAGGGACUAUCAGUUGGAAGUCACCACAUGUUAGUUGUCGUGAAGAUCCACACUGUUAUAAUACUGUUGCAGAGAUCAGAGAGUAUGUUUGGCCUGCCAGUUACACACUAAUGUGCCAUUUACAGUAAAUAUAUAUAUCUGUGUACCACUAUGAAUGGUGCUGAUACAUUACAUUAUGUACUAUGGGGCUAAAGGCUCCACGGGGUAAAAGGCUCCUUUAAUUUUAAUUUUCUCCUAAAACACUAAAUAGCAUCAAAAUCUAUCACAAUACUUUCUUAAACACCUGUUUAACACUAUGAACUGCAAAUUUUUCCUCUUCCAUGAUAUCAUUGCGUGAAGUGUCUAAAGUUUGAUUUUGAGGCAAUUUGAUCUAAUAUCUAAUAAUUUUUAAAACGUUGUACAUUUAUGUAGCUAAUGAAUAUCCUGGAAAUUAUCACAUUUAUUUUGAAACAAAAUACUUAUUUGUCAUUUUCAAUUUUGUUCAAGGAUGGAGAUAUAUAUAUAUAUAUAUAUAUAAAUGAAAGGAUAGCAUUUGGGAUAAAAAGCCCCCCUGUUGCAGGGGCUAAGGGCACCUAUUAAACACAUUGUUUUUCUUAAGUUGGGUGAAUAGAUUUGUUAUGAAGAAUGUUCAAAGUAACUGAUCCAAUCAUGGAGAUUAAUUUGUUUAUAGAAUACUUAAGAUGUAAUGAAAUGUCAAAUGUGAUUGAAAUGAACAAGAAAUUAUGCACCCUUCUCUCAAGUGGUUAUUUUGAAUAAGCAUUAUCUUAAUUUGUUACUCAAAAAUGCAUCUUGCUGUCUCAAAUGUAUUUGCCCAAGUUGACGAAUUGUGCCCUAUAACUAUUGCAGUACUAUUGUACUGUAUGUGUAUGUACACAUACAGUACAUUCACAAAAUAUUCAGGCUCCUUCA